AUGGUAUCUACUUGGAAUAUCCAGGCCCAUAAGGAUCAGGAUGAACUUUUGGAAGUAAAGAUAGAGGAGGAGGAGAAGUAUAAGUAUACCACCAGACAGGAUCAGAACCUGCAAAAGCAUACCACCCAUAGCAGAGAAGUAUUCCGACAAUACUUCAGGCAGUUCUGCUACCAGGAAACAUCUGGACCCCGCGAGGCUUUGAGCCGACUUCGAGAACUUUGCCAUCAGUGGCUGACGCCAGAGACUCACACCAAAGAACAGAUCCUGGAGCUGCUGGUGCUGGAGCAGUUCCUGACCAUCCUGCCAGAGGAGCUCCAAGCCUGGGUGCAGGAGCAGCAUCCGGAGAGUGGGGAGGAGGUGGUGACUGUGCUGGAGGAUUUAGAGAGAGAGCUGGAUGAGCCAGGUUAUCAGGUCUCAGUCCAUACUGAGGAACAGGAAAUGUUCUUGCAGGAAAUGGUACCUCUAAGAACAGAACAAGAAUCCAGUAUUUCCCUCCAGUCUAUGAAAGCCCAGCUAAAGUGUGAAUCUCCAGAACUUGAAGCCCAACAAGAGCAAGAUUUUGAGACUGGAAAUGAGUACAGGAAUUUAAUUCUAAAGCAAGAAGUUUCUGAAGAAAUGGAGCCAUGUGGGAAUAUAUCUAGCAGAUUUGAAAAUAAUAUGCUUCAGUCUGCUAGGUGUGGAGAAACUCACGAGCCCAAAGAAAAAAUAGAAGAGCCUUCUGGAUACUCCAGGGAAGAUAAACAAGCUACAUGUGAUGAAAACAGAGUAAGUUUGACUGAGAACUCAGACCGCUCUGAACACCAGAGAAUCUGUCCAGGAGAAAAAUCUUACAAAUGUGAUGACUGUGGAAAAGCCUUUAGUCAGCACUCGCGCCUCAUAGAACAUCAGAGGAUUCAUACUGGAGACAGGCCAUACAAAUGUGAAGAAUGUGGGAAAACUUUCCGUGGGAGAACUGUGCUUAUUCGACACAAAAUAAUACACACUGGAGAGAAACCAUAUAAAUGUAAUGAAUGUGGCAAAGCCUUUGGCCGGUGGUCAGCUCUUAAUCAACACCAGAGACUUCACACCGGGGAAAAACACUACCACUGUAAUGAAUGUGGCAAAGCCUUUAGCCAGAAAGCAGGACUCUUUCACCAUCUCAAGAUCCACACAAGAGACAAACCUUAUCAGUGUAGUCAGUGUAAUAAAAGUUUCAGUCGGCGUUCCAUACUUACUCAGCAUCAAGGUGUUCACACUGGUGCAAAGCCCUAUGAGUGCAGUGAGUGUGGAAAAGCCUUUGUUUAUAACUCAUCCCUUGUUUCCCAUCAGGAGAUCCACCACAAAGAAAAAUGCUAUCAGUGUAAGGAGUGUGGGAAAUCCUUCAGUCAGAGUGGCCUCAUUCAGCAUCAGAGAAUCCACACUGGGGAGAAACCCUACAAGUGUGAUGUAUGUGAAAAAGCCUUUAUUCAAAGGACAAGUCUUAUAGAACAUCAGCGAAUUCACACUGGAGAGAGACCCUAUAAAUGUGAUAAUUGUGGGAAGGCUUUUACUCAAAGAUCGGUCCUCACAGAACAUCAAAGAAUCCACACUGGAGAGAGGCCGUACAAAUGUGAUGAAUGUGGAAAUGCCUUCCGAGGAAUCACCAGCCUCAUUCAGCAUCAGAGAAUCCACACUGGGGAGAAACCCUACCAAUGUGGUGAAUGUGGCAAAGCCUUCAGACAGAGAAAGAAGACUGGCUACAAGGAAAUACUUCUGAAAAAUCAUUGUGAACCCCAAGCUGGAGUGACUCUUCUCCUGAGCUCUCUCAUUCCAGAAUGGCAGUCCUCUUGCAGGAAAGAUCUCUAGUAGUGACUGAUGGUAGAGGAAGAGAGUUGUGCUUGGAACCAAGAAUCAGGCUGACAAAAAAGUCAUACAUCUUUCUUCCACCUUUAAGUUGUUACUACCAAGAGGUAGAUACCUGGACCUCACAGGACUGUCGGAAGACUCAGGGAGCUCUGCCCACAGUUGCUGAGAACAGAAUACAUACCAAGGAGCAGGUGCUGGAACAGAUCCUGACCCCAUCCUGAGGAACUGCACAUCUACAUAAUAUCAUCCAGAAUGUGGAGAGGAGGCAUCGGUUAUGCUGAAAAAGUUGAAGAGAUAGCUUGAAUGAAGGACAAACCGUAGGCGGUAAGGGUUGGGAGGAUCACUUACGGCUUGACUAGUAAAGUUUGGGAAUAUCACGAAAAACAACAAAACUGAACUUUAGCACCCACCAGAUGUCUCUGGAGCCAUAACUCAGCAUCUCACUCACGGGCUUUAAUUCCUUUUGUUAUUCAUAUGCACCCCUGGAAUAUUCUCUUUCUAUAUCGGGGUUCGUUUGGGUGUUUAGUUUUACAUUAAGUUUUCCGAGACCAACUUCAUUUUAUUGCCUAUGGGUCCCAGGCUAAAGGAUAGAAAAGAUAUGCUCAUGGCAGAGAUAUAGUACCUUGGAAUCAGAGGUUUCAUAUCCAACCUAAGACCUUAUUUUAGUUUAACUCUCAGUGUUAUUGCCUUUUGAUAUGGAAAGCUGAUGAAAAAGGAUUUCUGAAGAGAAAGAAGAGAGCCUCAGAAGGGAAGCUUUUUAAAACUCUUAGUGCUGUCCUCUCCCUUGAAACCUUUCCUCUAUCCAUCUCCUUCUUGUUAUCUACCUGAUUCUUUAAAUAGAAACUCUCAGCCACGUUUUGGGUUUUUUUGAUUUUUGACCUAUUCAACUCCUUUAACUUCAAAGUGUUGCUUUCUUCUUAUGUUUUAGGCCUAACCAUUACCUGGAAAAGUAAAUUUCCCAGUUUACUUCAUUUUCUCACUUCAAAUUAGUAUAUGUUUUGAAACUGGUUUAGUUGUAACUUCAAGAUAACUUCUGUCAUAUCCCAUUGUUUAUUGAUCUACUCAAAUAUUGAGCAUUUCAUAUGUCUAUAGUAGUGACCUAGGUACAUAUCAGUAGGUGUAUAUAGUCCUCUUAAGUAUCCUUAGCAAAUUAAACACUCUCUUGGUUUUAUGAUAUUUCUUGUUUCUCAGCUCUGGAUUCAAACUGAUCUUAAUUUUUUUUAUUAUACCUUUCUGAUUCUUUGUCACAUUUUGUGAGAAAAUCUUCCAUGCUUUUCCAUUCUCUUUCUGCCCAGCUGUCUCACUCAAACUGGAAUCACACGUGCCUUCUUGGGCACUUCACAAAAUUGAGAUGCCAGUCUAGAGACUUAGAAAAGUCAUGCAUUGUAGGGUUUUAUUUUUAUCACUGUUCCUUGUCAUAGUCUCAUGAUCUUAGAAGAGACAACUGAUAUUUGAAUUGUUUGUGCAUUUUUUUUUAGACGGUGUAACUAAGAAUGAAAAUAAAGACUUGGCUCCAACAUAAAAAAAUUCUGGAGAUGCUGAAUCUUGUAGGGGGAGUCUUUGUAGAACUGCAACGUCAGUGCAGUUAAGUGUAGUAAGAGCUUUAGUUACUGGUGAGUCAUUAAUCAGCACCAGGUAGUCCACGCUGAAGAAAAUCUCUUUGAGAUCAACAAGUUUUGUAAGGCUUUUGUUUACAGUGGGUCCC